AGGCCUGGGAGGCAGCAGCAGACCCACCGAGGAGGGAGAGGAUGCAGGGCCCGCUUGUGCUGUGCCUGGCCCUCCUGGCCCUGGCUGGCGCUGACCGGACCCCGCUGCAGCAGAAAGCUCUGCACCUGGUGCUGAACUACUUCCACAGCCGGCCCAACGUGCAGCUGGCCUUCACGGAGCAAGCUGUGGCUGAAGCCACGGAGACCGCAUUACCAGGCGGGACCUUUGUCCAGCUGGAGUUUGAUAUCGCACAGACAUCCUGCAGGAAACAUCAGCGGAUGACGCAAAACUGCCCAGUCAAACCAGGAGGGAGACGACAAAAGUGUCUGGCUUGCUUCAAGUUUAACGCCAGCAACCCUGAAAACAUAUUGGACAAAUCCUGGCGGUGCCUGUCGCUGCAGAACCCCAUCUUCCAGGUGGCAAAGAGGAAUCAGGAGCAGGAAUGCCGAAUGGUCAAGGAUGCGAAUGAAGAGGGACACUACCACCCUGGUGUCUUUGCCUUUUCCAGAGGUCUCCCAGCAACAUCUCCUGAGGAGGGCCUCUCUCUGCUGGAGGAGUCUGCCUGAUGAGAUUCCCCAUUUAAUGGGCUUUUCUCUGACAGUCAGCCCAAGAAGUCAGGGUCCUGCUUGCAGAGACAAACAGAUCGCCACCAAAUUGGGGUCUCCACCACAGGAAUGAAGCCAGCCGAGUCUGCUGUUUCCAAGCCCAACUCUUGGUCUGUCUCUUUUUAUUCCUACAAUAAAAAUGCAAGUGGAGUCUUCAUA